CCUCUACUAGACAAUAUAUUUGACAAUCAGCUGGCGAACGAGACUAUCGCUGUUGUGUUGCGGCUUUCGCGGUUAAUUCGAGUAACUCGAAAGGUUGGAUUGAUUUUCUUUGUGCAGGAAACUUUAAAACACCUGUAAUAUUGUGGUAUUCCAAAUAAAAAUGCAUAGGCUAUCGGGAAGCCGGUCAAUCUCUUUGUUGGUUUUGGUUGCGGCUUUGUGGUUAGGAAAUGCUUACGGUCAGGAUUUCUUGGGUGAUGUAUUGUCUACAUCUAACACUCAAUUAUGGAAGUCUUUUCAAGAAGAAAUGAAAACAUUGGAGCAGGCUGCACACAGGGUGAACACUUUGCUGGUGAACGCUCAUCAACCGAAGGCAGAAGCCGACCAGGAAGCUAAGCCGGCAGAACAGCCCGAGGUCACAGUUCUGGCAAGUCCUGAUGUGUUGAGAGACGGGCUCCACACCAAGCUGGAGUCUCCCAAGACAAAGGAGAAUAGACAAGAAGAGAAGGCAGAGCCUGAAUUAGCUGGAGGAAUAGAUGAAUCAUUCAAUCCUCACCAACUCAACCUUGGGUCGUUCAUAAAUUCAUUUGGUCUUUUCAAGAGCUUACCUGAACCUUGGUGGAAAGGAAAAAAUGUCUGUGUGGAAAAAUCAGAAAUGGUGGAAGAUAAGCAACAAGGCGAGAAAGAAGUCAACAAACAUCUAAUAAUUAUGGGUACCGGAACAUUCGAACACUGCAAGCAAACUUCUGGAAAAUACAUCUGUAAAACUGUGACGAGCACCCCACAGUCUACGAAGACUGUAUCUGUAACGUAUCAGUGCUGCGAGGGCUCACGUCGCCAGGGCAACGAAUGUGUGCAAGUGGAACUGAAGGACCCAGUAGAUGUCCUGGACUCCUUAGGCAGUAAGGACUUUGCUUCACUAGUCAAGUCACAGGAUGUGCUGCGAUCCCUGGCUGACCACAAUAUCACUAUAUUCGCUCCUGUAGACGCGGCCAUGCGUAGUCUCAAUGUGGACUUCCAGGAGUCGAACCAAAUUCGAAACAGCCGCCAGGUUCGGGCGGUGGAGGAAUGGAAUGAUAUCACCCCAGAGUCUGGUGACACUGGCCUCAGCGGCAGAGAUGUGGUACUUGCUCAUGUCACAAGUUCACUCUUGGAAGUUGACGACUUCACCAAUGAAAUGGUAUUAAACAGCUCCUACAAAAACUCACCACUGCGCAUGAACAUCUAUCCAGGCCGUGAGGAGGCUGUACUAACUAUCAACUGCGCCAGACUAUUGUCCAUGGACAACCUAGCAUCCAACGCACGUGUACAUACAGUGGACCGUGUGUUAGAGCCUGUCACUCAGUCCGUGGUUGACAUUCUCAGCCAGCCACAGUUCUCACAAUUCAAGCAGUUCUUGGAACAAGAGGAUCUUAUAGAGACAUUAACCAAUGCAACUGGUGUUACUGUAUUUGCUCCCAACAACGACGCUUGGGACAAACUGGGUGAUGGACUGAGGGACAAAUACUCAAGAGGAGAAGCUUGCAUUGACAAAGUUGUGAAACACCACAUCCUGCCAUUGACUCUGUGUGCUGCCCCCGUGUCAGAGGGCAGGUUGACCACUGCUGAUAUGAAUGGAGAGUUAGUACGGCUGUGGAGAGAGCAGGACGGCCAACUGAUGGUGGAUGAGAAGGGCCGAGUCGUGCAGGAGGAUAUUGUCGCCACCAAUGGAGUGGUUCACGUCCUGGACAAGGUGCUUACUCCCAAAUCAGCCAAGCCCCUGAGUGAGUUGCUAUUGUCGUCAAACCACACAACAUGGCUUGGCCUCCUGGACCGUGCAGGGCUGAUGGAAGAGCUCAAUCGGCAGGAGAACAUCACUGUGCUGGUACCUACCGAGCGUGUGCUUACCGAGGAAAACACCCGAGCUUUGCUGGACGCCAUGGAUGCAGAAACACUAAAGCGGGUGUUGUUGUAUCAUGUCACUCAACAGGCGGGCGCUUGCGAGCUGCGAGACCGUGCCAGUCUGCGUACACAGGCUGGUCCCUCACUCACAGUCACACUUACCAACCCCUUUGUCAUGUUCGCCGGUGUGGAGCCCCGGGCAGCAGUACAAUGUGCACCUCUCGGGCACACAGAUGGCAAGGCUUGUCAUGUUACAGCUCAUGAGAUCACUCGACUGCUCCUGCCUCCCAACAGUACGGUGCUGCAGCUCAUCGCUGACAAUCCUCAGCUGACGUUCUUCAAGCGUGUACUUGAGGGCACAGAGAUGGAGAAAGACUUGGAGCUGAAGUCUGAGCUGUUAGCUGAUGGGUUUACAUUGUUGGCUCCUACUGAUGACUCUUUCAACAGGUUGGACGAGGAUGUGCUGUCUCGACUCCUUACUGACAAGAAAUUUGCUGAUGAGGUCGUCCGAACUCAUGUUCUUAAAGGACCUGUUUGCUGCUCCUCAAUAUCCUCAAUUCCGUGGCCCUUCACUAAUAAUGUGAAGACAAUUGAUGGACGGAAAAUUCAAGUGAACCGUGACAGGAGGAACAGAGUCCUAUUUGGUAACUCUGCGACAGAGAAGUGUGAUGUCAUUGCUACAGAUGGUAUAGUGCACAUAGUUGACAAUGUUUUGCUCCCUCAAGUGAGCAGAAUAAAGCUGGGAAAUGUUGCAUUCGGUGAUCCCAACAGGCAGAUCAUGCUGUUUGGCAUAUAAACGUUGUGACUGAAAAUAGUGAUAAACUUAGUGAUAGACUUAAGCAUGUAACAUUUUUAUUGUAAUUAAUUUGUUAUUGUAAUUUCAAUAAACCUGAAAUAUAUCGGUUUUAA